AUGUCGCGUGCGUCGCCCUUCUUCUACGCUACCGCUCGCCCCGAUGUGGACUCUCUGGCUAUCCUCCACCUCAAGCGUGACAGCCUGAUUCCAGUCACGCUCGCCAAAACGUCGGACGAAGGCUACGCCGAGGGAGCAGUCACAAAUACACGAUUUGGCAGCUUUCCUCACACCACAUUGAUUGGUCUAGAGUGGGGCAGUCAAGUCAGAGCCAGCAGAGUCGAUACGGGCAGCCGAGGUCGAAAAGGCAGGGGCAAGGACAAGGACAAGAAGCAGGAAGAGAGUACGCAGAACGAAAGCGCUCCGCCGUCUUCAGAAGAGCAAGGAGGCACGAAGCGCAGCAGGACUGAAGGGCAGGACACGGACUUGCUAGAACCACCGGCAAAGAAGCAGAAGCAGGAGGUCAAAAGCGUCGAGCCUGCGCUCAAGCCGACGGAAGCAAGGCCGGCAGAGGCAGGCACAGGCUUUAUUCAUAUUCUGCCACCUACUCCCGAGUUAUGGACAUCUUCACUGGACCACAGAACACAGGUAGUGUACACACCCGACUAUAGCUAUAUUCUACAACGUCUCCGCGUUCGCCCGGGGAGUACUAUCAUCGAGGCGGGCGCAGGAAGUGGUAGCUUUACCCACGCCGCAUGCCGAGCUGUCUUCAAUGGCUACCCUUCCGCGAAGCGGCAAAAGAUAGGCAAAGUGUGCAGCUACGAAUAUCAUCAGCCAAGGGUAGAGACCCUACGUCAAGAAAUUACCGAACAUGGACUAGACGGCAUCGUCGAGCUUACGCACCGCGAUGUGUGCAACGACGGUUUUAUGCUCUCAGACGGUAGCUCACCCAAGACCGAUGCCAUCUUCCUCGAUCUGCCUGCCCCGUGGACCGCGCUCCAGCAUCUGACCAGAGACGGUCCAUCUCCUCUCAACCCGGAUAGCUCUGUCCACGUCUGCUCUUUCUCCCCAUGUAUCGAGCAGGUAAUAGCAACGUGUGCCGCCUUACGCAAGCUCGGGUGGGCAGAUAUCGGUAUGGUUGAAGUCCAAAAUCGCCGCAUCGAUGUUCGCCGAGAGCGUAUAGGUCUGCGAGAAGAAGGACUACGAGGUGUGAAUGCGACGGCUGCGAAUGUAGAAGAGGCUCUGGAGCGAUUACGGCAUAAUAUUCAGCCGCAAGGCCAAAAACGCGACCAAGGUGGUGUGCUAACAAAAGCGGAGAGAUUGGGGCAGAUCAAAAAGGAAGCGGAAGAGAGGAAGCUGUACAAAGAGGGCAGACUAGUGCACCGAACAGAACCUGAAGUCCGGACGCACACAAGCUACCUCGUCUUCGCCGUACUCCCACGAUCUUGGUCAGCAGAAGAUGAGGCAAAGGCCGAAGAGGAAUUCCCACUCGGCGAAGUAAUGAGGGCUAGUUAGUCUCGUCCAAGACAAGGGAAAUUAAUGGGCCUCACAUGAGCGCCGUGUCUAUUCUGACGCAUCGCUCGUCAAACUAUAGCAUCGUCGUGCGGAAAAGGCUUCAGUAGCCCGUCUCAUGCUCUCUCCAUCUCGUCUGUAACGAAAUAAGCAAAGUUCCCACUUGUGGCGUACUGGCCCUUCCAUAAAAUGUGCCCUGGACGGGAUUACAUUGAUGCCGAUAGCCGCAUGACAGUAGAUCCGUAGCUCGCGCUUCCAUAGCACUGGUCCUUCGCCCCAACACAAAUGACUCGGAGCGCCUUCGAACAGACCGCGUCGCACGCGCAGAGACUCGAGGGGGUCCAAGCUGGGAUAGCCAUUGACAAAGGUAAGUCGAACACUUCUUGACAUCCCUCGCUCCACAGCAUACGGCCAGAGAGCGACCUUAAACAGACGCGCCUGAAGAUAUGGGUAGGGAGGGGAACUUGGCAGUCGAAAGUGGAAUUUACAAUAAUGCUGCUUCCGCCAAGAGAAGGUCACCUGUGUUCGAGGUUUCCUUCUAGAGAGGGCCCAUCGGACUACGCGAGAGAGAGGCAAUCCUUUUCGGUGGAAAAAUGAUAUCGAAUGUGCAGAUCAGCCGGCCACGAUGACUUCGACAAGAGCUCUUCAGCUCGCCACUACGGCUCGACUUCUUGAGGGUAAGAGCAGACGCUGCAGACUCGACUGGGCCGGACUGGUUGCGGGCACACGAGCAGCUGGCCUCGGUAGAACAGGGCCGACCACCGUGGCUUCUGAAGAGCUUCGAGAGCGAGUCUCGGGCAAUAAGAUGACCUCUGCAGCCAUCGCAGUGGUCGUGCCCACGGAUAUCGUGCGGCCUGUACUGCUGAUACGGAUACGGCGCAUGGGUCUACUGCAUUCUUGCUUCGUGUGGUGUUUCUUGCGAAAGCUGAAGAUGCUCCCCCUCUUAAUGGUGCUCUUACGACUACUUCCUUCGCUGCUGCCCGAGCUCGCUUCGGGGACGGAGGUCAAGACGCGUCUCAUGCCGGGUCGAGGAGGCUGCGGCCGGGGAGUGCUUGCGCUGGUGGUGGUAAUCUCGCCCAAGGGAGGCAGAUGAGCACCGUACUCAUCCGCCAGGCUCAAGCGUGUCUUUGCGCAAAUCUCUGCGAUGCCGUCGAUGGCCAGCUGGAAUUCCCGGCUGCCGUCUACUGACCGGAGAAUGUCCGCAAAAGCAUACGACGAUAUAGGUGGGAGUGCUGCUGCGUCCCGAUCGCUCGGCUUUCGGGGGGCUGCUACUCCUUGGUUGUUUCUCUUUCCGCUGGUGUAUGCCCGUACAAGCACUGGCUGCGCCAUGGCUGCAUCGCUACGAGCGUGUGAAUCCCUCCUUGCACGUCUACAGUGAGAAGAGCAG